AUGGACUUAGCUUCCAAUAAGAACACAUCAGAUAACGUCAGCUCCAAUGAGAUAGACCCAACCGUAAAACCUAAGUCGCCUCGACCAAACAAUAUACAAGCCUCUCCAUUUUCUCUUAAACUAGGAGACAAUGUUCCUAGGAACCGUCAAUUUGAUCUCAAGAAGAUGGAUCCUCUCGUCAGACACCAUCAACCCUCAGCUACAGGAACCAACGAGAGUGAUAGCUUAGGAAACAAGAAAAAUGCUCUUAAAAAUCUUUAUUAUGAUCCCAAGAAGAUUGUCCCUUUAACCACACCUGAAACACAAUCCCCAAGCGCCAGAGCUCAUCACCAACACAAGACAAAGUCUCCAGACAACAAGAGAGCCCCCAUAAAGAAUGGAGAUUAUGGGUAUGGUGAUAACUCGGUGGGUCCAUCAGCUACACCUUUCAAGCCUCACACGGGAGGAGACGUGAGGUGGGAGGCUAUCAACUCAGUCACUUCAAGAGGACCUCAAAUAGGUUUAGACAGCUUCAGGCUUCUGAAACGUCUUGGGUAUGGGGACAUAGGCAGUGUCUAUCUCGCUGAUCUACAAGGGACAAAUGCUGUUUUUGCAAUGAAGGUGAUGGAUAAGGCCUCGUUGGCUAGUAGAAACAAGUUGUUGAGGGCUCAGACAGAAAGAGAGAUCCUAUCUCUGCUUGAUCAUCCUUUCUUGCCGACACUAUAUUCUUACUUUGAGACUGAGAAGUUCUACUGCUUGGUCAUGGAGUUCUGCAGUGGUGGGAAUCUACAUUCUCUCAGACAGAAGCAGCCCAGCAGGCGUUUCACUGAAGAAGCUGCAAGGUUCUACACUUCUGAAGUAUUGUUAGCAUUGGAGUAUCUACACAUGUUGGGGGUUGUAUACAGAGACUUGAAGCCAGAGAACAUCCUAGUUCGAGACGAAGGCCACAUAAUGCUUUCAGACUUUGACCUCUCCCUACGUUGCUCCUUUAACCCCACACUCGUCAAAUCCUCUUCAGUCUGCAGCACAGGAAGUGCCAUCCUCAACGAAGAGUUCGCCGUCAACGGCUGCAUGCACCCCGCAGCCUUCCUCCCACGUCUCCUCCCUUCCAAGAAAACCCGUAAAGCCAAAUCAGACUCAGGCCUAGGCAACCUAUCCAUGCCAGAGCUCAUGGCAGAGCCAACAGAUGUACGUUCAAUGUCCUUUGUAGGCACACACGAGUACUUAGCUCCAGAGAUCAUACGUGGAGAAGGACAUGGAAGUGCUGUAGACUGGUGGACGUUUGGUAUCUUCCUAUACGAGCUUUUACAUGGGACAACACCGUUCAAAGGUCAGGGCAACAGAGCCACGUUACAAAACGUGGUUGGCAAGCCGUUGAAGUUUCCUGAUACUCCUCAUGUUAGCUCUGCAGCGCGUGAUCUCAUACGUGGUCUUUUAGCUAAAGAACCUCAUAGAAGAAUAGCUUAUACACGGGGAGCUACGGAGAUAAAACAACAUCCUUUCUUUGAUGGUGUGAACUGGGCUUUGGUGCGUAGCGCCUCUCCGCCUCAUAUUCCUGACCCUGUUGACUUGGGACCGUUGACCUCUGCGAGAGGGAAGGCUAAGCAUGAUGCUCAGGUUGCUUGUGCUGCUGGUCCAGCUACUCCUACUGAUGAUACGGCUUAUGUAGACUUUGAGUACUUUUAGAACUACUAAAAUUAAUAUACUCUAAUACAUGUUUUUUUUUUGUUCAUAUUCUUACUUUUGACGAAUACAGUUUGUGAUUUGUAAAAUGGAAGACAAAGAAGGGAAGCUUAAUCAGAAUUUGAGAAUAACAUUUGUACCUC